UCGUAUGUUGGAAGACGCCGAUUGUGAAGUGGUCACUGAAUUUAUGGUCGAAUAUUUUGUUGGCGGAGAUCCAUGGACAACCCAUUUGCAGAUAACACCGGAUGAAGGAAGACUCAUGUUUGCACCCUACGUUAAGAAUGCUCUGUGGCAAAAUGUUAGUAUUGGUGCAUAUCACAAAGAAACGGGUGACCUUGUUGGAAUCGUCAUCAACUUAUUGGGGGAAAACGAAUCUCAACUACCUUCACUUCCUUAUGUUAUUGAGAAACAGUCAAUAAGGAUCCGCCAAGACCACGAGAUGAUAUUAUAUUUUUAUGGGACGAGCUUGACAACGACGCCUGGCACCACAAAGUACAUGGAGCUUUUUUUAACAGCUGUGAGACCAGAUAACAAACGGAGGGGUAUAGCUACCGAACUCAUUAAAAGGACCGAAAAUAUUGCUCGACAACGCGGAAUGAAAAUAAUUACUGCUAUUUGCACGAGUGCUUUUACUUUGAGGGCCACGCAGAAUAUUGGAUUUGAAAUUAAGAAACAGAUAACGUAUGCCGAUUAUGUUGAUCCCGUGACUGGCAACAAAAUUUUGGAAAAUAUGGAAAAACCACAUGUUUUGUUGGCCAUGAUAUAUAAGAAUCUCAACUAGUCAUUUGGGUAUGGGGUAUAUUUCGUAAUUUUAAGGGUAUACUCUGAUAAUGAUUCAAUGUGAAUAUAUUUUUAAUACUAUUAAAGGUAUUAUAUAUACGGUAUCUUCAAUGUAGCAAACAAAUAACUUUUUUCGAUGCGUAAAAUUGCUGUUCACAUUGGUCAAAAAAAACGGCCAUUUCAAGAGACUCCUCAUAAAUUUACAAUAAUCACAUCAUACCAAAGAAAAAUCAAAUUUUGAAGUGUUGUUGUGAUUAAAUCAGUCUACAGUACACAUUGAUUAGUUGGUCUGAUUUGUGGAGUCUGGACCUAUGGAUCGUUUUCAUAUUUUUGGUAAUCUUGUUCUUGUUGGUCUUUUUCUUCGUAUCGUUUUGAAAAAUCGCUUUUCUCCUUGAUUACUG